AUGACUGACAGCAAAGGCGUGAUCAUUUACAAGCCCAUGAAGGCUUCUCAGAAGGCACUUUCAAUCCCAGAGCUUGUUUCCCAGAUAUUCUCCUACUUCACUGCGAAAACAGAUGAUCGACACUGGGAGCAGUUUCUCGUUCUCAAAGACAUCGAUACUCUUCUCAGCUGUGCCCGUGUGUGCAGCAUUUGGUAUGGACAAGUAAUGAGAACUCUGUGGGGUUCCUCGGGAUUGAUGAAUGACAACUCGCGCCUGGGAUCUCUUGUCCAGCGAUUCGAGAGAAUCGCGUACAACCGUCGCCAAUACUAUGCUGACAUGAUGAAGAAGGGGCUGCUCCUUGUCGCUAGUGACUCUAAUGAUGACCUUGAAAAGUGCAACCGAGUGCUUCAAGGCAUAUCUUUUACGAACAUGCGUUGCUUGGAAAUAUUCUUGGACCAUUCGAGGAGCGAAAUCUGCCUGCCUCACGUCGAUGCUCCUAACAUUGUCGAGCUGCAAAUUCGGCCGUGCAUUUUCAAAUAUGUACGCCACCAGCGAAAUGCCACGAAGUAUGAAGCGCGCAGUUUUACUCGAGGUUUCCCACGAGAAGUGGCGAAGGUUCUACCAGAGUUCAUCCAAGUCAGUCUUUACACUUGUCCCCAGAAAAUGUCACUCUGUGAAUCUAAGUCCAAAAUUUAG